GACAGUAAGAAAGCUCAGGCGGCUGGUGCUGUGGAGCGGCAAAACAUUGAGGUGCAAGACACCGUGCUGGCCUUGGUUCGGUGGUCUCCAGCCACCGCCUGGGUUUUGCGGUGUUGUCACCAGAUGGAAAUGCCUGCCUGCUGCCCGCUCAGCCCUCCUGCCAACGCCCCGAGAGCUGCGUGGCUACCAGCCCUGAGCCCAGCCUUCAGGUGUCCCUCCAGGAGAGGACGCUGAGGUGACCACCACAUCCUGACUGCUUUUGCCUCGGGCUGAGACACCUACCAGCACCACCAAAACUGACAACAGGGCUGUGACCGGUUGUGUUGCAGGACUUUUCGCCCUGUGAAGGUCUCCGGUUAUGUGGUGAAGACCCACAGCUCAGAGGCACCUUUUUUUCCUGGCUGUGAAAGGUCAUAACUGAGUAGCCCUUAUGACCAACAUGAGCUGGAGCUUUCUAACCCGCCUGCUAGAAGAGAUUCACAAUCACUCCACCUUCGUGGGGAAGGUCUGGCUCACCGUGCUCAUUGUCUUCCGCAUUGUCUUGACAGCGGUAGGAGGGGAGUCCAUCUACUCUGAUGAGCAGAGCAAGUUCACCUGUAACACCAAGCAGCCUGGCUGCGACAACGUUUGCUACGAUGCCUUUGCGCCGCUGUCACACGUCAGAUUCUGGGUCUUCCAGAUCAUCAUGAUAUCCACCCCUUCGGUCAUGUACCUGGGCUAUGCCAUCCACAGGAUCGCCCGGUCGGCGGAGGAGGAGAAGAAGUUUAAGGGAUUCAAGAAAAAGAAGCAGUUUGCUUUGAACUGGCAGGCAGUGCGCAACAUAGAGGACCCAAUGGAGGCUGAUGAAGAGGAGCCCAUGAUUUCUGAUGACACAGCAGAACAUGAGAAAGCCAAAGCAAAGCCCAAGAGCAAAGAGCCACAAAAGCAUGAUGGGAGGAGGCGCAUCCAGCAAGAAGGACUGAUGAAAAUCUAUGUCUUCCAGCUACUUACCAGAGCUUCCUUUGAAAUUUGUUUCUUGAUAGGUCAGUAUUUACUCUAUGGUUUUGAGGUAGAAGCCUAUUAUGUCUGCAACAGACUCCCUUGCCCUCACACUGUGGACUGCUUUGUGUCCCGGCCAACAGAGAAGACCAUCUUUCUCCUGGUGAUGUACGUUGUGAGCUGUCUGUGCUUAUUGCUGAACAUGUGUGAGAUGUUUCACUUGGGGUUUGGGACCAUCCGAGAUGCUAUUCGCAACCGGAAAAUCAACAGCUUUAGGCAGCCUCCCUACAACUAUGCCUACCCAAAGAACAUCUCCUGCCCUCCCGAGUACAACCUGGUAGUGAAAUCAGAGAAGUCCACCAAGAUCCCCAACAGCCUGAUGGCUCACGAGCAGAACUUGGCUAACGUCGCUCAGGAGCAGCAGUGCACCAGCCCAGAUGAGAACCUCCCGGCAGACUUGUCCACCCUUCACAAACAUUUGCGAGUGGCCCAGGAGCAGUUAGACAUAGCAUUUCAGAGCUACAGCAGCACCCAGGGCAACACACAACCUUCUCGAACCAGCAGUCCUGCCUCAGGUGGCACAGUGGUAGAGCAGAACAGGGCCAACACUGCCCAGGAGAAACAAGGUGCUAAACCCAAGGCCUGCUUGGAGAAAGGGAGCUCAGGCAGUAAGGAUGGAAAGACAUCUGUAUGGAUAUAGCUUUGUCUAAAAGGAGAGAGGGCAGCAUAAGUGGGGUUUUUAUUUUGGUUUGUUUCUGGUUCUUGUUAUUGUCUUGUGUUUGUUCCACGGGGCACAGGUAUAAUUUUUAAAUGGAAGUCAAGAGAAAAAAGAAGUUUCAAACCAAUUUAGUCUUCCAGUACAUUAACAAAAGACAUUUCUUCUCUGUUUCCAACAUGUUCUCCAGUUGGGAACCUCCAGCUAGCAACAGCAAACCCCCACAUCUCCCACCCCUUUGGUUACCACUGGAGUCCCCAACAGAGACUGGACAACACACUGUGAUGAGAAGCGGAGCUGCUGGUGGCUCAGCAGAGAAGUAAGGCAGAAAGCAAGCAGCUCCCCUCCUGCAUGGUGAGGCUACAGUGCUGUAGGUCAGGCAGUGUUUAAUUACUAAAUAUACUUAAUCAAAAUUAAUUUCUGAUCCUCUGAUGAGAAAACAACUGACAUAUUGCAUAAACCUUCACGAUACGCUAACAGCUGAUGUCCUGCCUGAAUUGUUAGAUGCUCUAGCAGGCACUGCUGGGAACGAAGGCAUCGUUCAAUGCUGCGAGCCACGAGCUGGCACCCACAUCAGGUUAUGAGGCAGAAACAUGGUGACUGUCUUACACAGGGAGACCUCAAAGCACAGCACAGUGAUGAAGGUUUUUGUCUUUUAUUCCUCUGCGUCGAAGCUAAAAGCAAAUACGAUCUAACACUACUCAGCUGGAGCAAGCAGUGACAUUGCAUCAUACCGGUGCCUGUGUAGCGCUUGCUACAGAUGUGAUGGGAAUCUAUGCAGUUCCAGCGUUUUUAACAAACUGCUGCUUCACAUCAUCAGAAAGUGCCUUUAUGCAACCAGGAAAACAAAUCAUAAAGGAUUUAGACUUCUUAAUUGCUGAUUAUUAGUAGAGACUGGAAGAUCAGUGUUGGCAAAUUUGUUUUUCUGUUUGAUCAAACCCUUAUAAAUAGUGGCAGGUGGCAGAUCUAUGCAUAGUGCGUAUACGAUGUGUGUGUGUACGUGUACAUGUACAUAUAUAUACAGACACAUAUGAACAUGUGAGUGUGAAUAUAGACAUAGAAAGAGAUAUAUAAACGUAAUAUCAACCCUCUGGUAAUUUUACAGCCUUCCACCUUCCCUGGGAAAACCCGUCUGGUCCAGGGCUAUGACUGAUCUCAUCGUGGAACAGUCAUCGGGCUUCUAGCCUCCAGCCUCCUCUGGGGAACUGGCAGGUUUCACACACUUGCUUAUGGAGCAUAGCAGAAGAUCUGGCUUCAGUGGGGCAGGACCAGGACAAUAGCAGGAAGCUUUUCAUUAGUCUAUAGGGAACUUUUUGAGUUUGGCUUGGUUGUGGGGUGGUUUUCCUGCAGCUACAGGAGUUUGGGGGCAUGUGAAAACCAAGCUUCUGAGCUCCAAGGCUCCUGCUAGUGCUGAGGACAUACUUUGACAGGGUGGUUUCAUCCUGUGUCUCUUGAACAGCUGCAGAGCUGUGGCUUUGUUCCCUCCAGUAACACCAAAUAGAAAAAAAACCCUCAUCACCAGGAGCAGAGGGAGCAUUUCCUGCUGAAUGGUAGAGACUGAAACCAGCCACUGUCACACUCUGCCAUAUCUCAUGGCAGGUCUUAUUCCUGAGAUGAUGCCAAGAUGCCUGUGGCUUGGCAGAUGCUUUUACAAUGUCCCAGGAGUCCAACAGUUGAUUCACCACUGUGGAGGACUCAAAUAGGCAAAGCCUUCAAGAUCAAACCUAACUCGAAGUAAAUCCUUACCAAACACAGCAUCAUCCCUGUGCCAAGCUGUUCCCUGACAGCCAUGCCAGUCACCCAAACUCACAUGCAGGUCCCUGUGCCUUGGAUCUAUGUGAAUUCUAUGCCCUUGAGAUCAGUCCCUGAAGGCCUUGAGGAUGCCUGUUUCCCAGGUGGCAGAGCUCUUUGGCCAGUCUUGGGAACUGGCAGAGAACUUGGGUAUGGCAUUCAGCUUCUGGGAACCUUGAUCAAGCUAUGCCAUGCCAUUAGAAAACAGUGCUGAUAACAAAAAACAUAGGUUUAAAAAGAAACAUCCUAUGAGGUAUCCAGCUGCAAAUAUUCAGUAUGGCUUUGUGUAACAGUCUAGGGAACACUUUCAAGUUUGUUCCUGGUCCAGCUGAAGGCAUUGGUAAAGUGCCUGGAGUGUUGCCUGCCCUCACUGCUAGAGAUCCUCCCCUUGAAAAUGAACAAUUGUGUCCAGGAGGAGUUCGCUGCAUCCCCCCAGCAGCAACGGUCAGUAGCAACACGCAUUUGUCGCAUGGAGGGAUGGCCUUUCUGCCGUGACUUUUGCAUGAAAGGUCCAUAAAGUUCACACCAUGGUGGUGGGGAGACAAACAUAUCCAAUUGUGCUGUUGGUCCUUGUCCUGAGGGUGAGAAUGUGCUCUCCUCCUGCACCGGAAAAUGCAGUAGAGGCUCUUUGCUAAUGGUCCUGCUACCAUGAAGAUGAACACACGCAGUCCACAGCCCAGGGCUGCUGAGGAAGAGAGCAGAGAAGCUGCUGGGUGGAAAUUUGUUCUCUAGCAAUUACAGCUGUCCAGGGUACAAGCUUGUCCUCCACAUCAACGUGACUUCUCAUUUUUUGUGUCCCAUGGGAAACAGCAUGUAUUUAAAGUCAUGAUUCCAAGGGAAGGAUGGAAACUCUGAGAAGAGUGAUAGUUGGAUGAUUCUUGGGCUUUUCUGACUCUUUUGAGAUGAGCAGCAAUAUUACAGUCCCAGAUAAACUUGCUCUUCCCAUGCAAUGCCAAAAGGCACUGUGCUGGGCAGGAGCAUGGAUUUUGGAUAUCUCCUGCCGAUACCAGUGAUGCUUCCCUCAGCCCUAGUGAUGGCUUGAGCAUUUCCUGAUGACUCAGAUCAGCCCCUCAGCUCCUGCUGACCAGCAGAGUCAUUUGUAAGUCACCAAAUGCAAGAAUAGGCAUCCGCUUCCGUUGCUCUUGCUUCAGGAAACCAUCCUGGCAAACACAUCACUGUGCGAAAAGCAGGGGACAGAUUUUAAAGCAAAACCCCCAGGAGCUGAUCACAGUGACCUGACUGACUCAUUAAACCUAUUUUAUACAGCAGGGCUAUACCCUCUUCCCCAAAAAUAUAGCUGGUCAGUGCCUGAUGGGAGGAGAUCCCUGGGCUCCAUGGCUGCAGGUUCAGAGAUGCUUAGAGCAACAGGGCUGGCGAGGACUAUGGAUCUUCUUGCCACCUUGUCACCAUCAAAUGUCUCCUCACUGGCUAACAGAAACCUCCCUCACUGCAACCCCUGGCAUCUCCUCUCCUCAGCAGACAUGGAAACCAUCUCAUGCCUUUAGGGUCUGCAGAAGUUUUUGGGUGUUUGAAGACUGUUCUCAUCUCCCUCAAGUCUGCUCUAAGUUAAACAACUCUUGUCUCAUCAACCUUUCUCCAAGGGCUGUUUUCCUAGCACAGUUUUUCUUGAUGUCUUUGAGCUACCACCAGCCAGUCCAUGUCUUCCCAGGGGUGUGGAAGUUCUGGUCCUUGGGCCACCUUCCCACUCUGCUCCUCCAUCCGCCAUUCUGGUCUUUCACAAAACUCCAUCUUCUGCAGGCAUAGGGAUUGCUCCCCUCUUCAGAUGGGUGCUUGUACAGUCGGGAUCUUCCUGCACUCCUUCAAACUGCCUUUUUAUUUUCACACCACAGACCUGCUGCAUCAAGGGGGUUUUGAAUGAUCUGUUGGUCCUGCAGCAGAUACGUAGCCUUCUCUCGGCUGGUGUCACCAUCACAUUUAAUACGCACACACUGUUUUCCACAGUGAGCGCCAAUAAUUGCAAUAUUGAUGAGUACUACAGCCAGGGCAGACUCUUGGGCAAUCAAUACAACCUCCUCGUCAGGCAGAGAGAUGGGGUAAUCACUCUUUCAGCCGUUCUUCCAGCCAACCCCAAUCACUUGUCAGGCUUGAAAAUGCUCCUUGCAUAAACUCAUUGUGAAUGGGAACUGAUCUUGCUUUCUCAUGUUUUAUAAGUGUUUUAACAGGGACAGAAGCACAAGGGCACAUUGCCAGCAGGACUGUUCUGGUGUUGAGAGCUGCCUGGGAGAGACACAGAGCAGCCUGCAAAGUCCCAGCCAGCCUGGAGGACACUGCUGACUCCUCCAGCCCUGGGAAGUACAGACCCCAGUUCUCCCAGAUGCCAUCUGAGCUGCACACAGGAGUCAUCAUGAGUCAGAUGGCCCUAGAAAUAUAGAAGAUUGUUAUUAUUAUUACAUAUGUGGAGUCACUCACUUCCCCCAUUCCUCCUCCACUCCAUGGUCUCUAAAGCCUUUAGGAUAUUGUAUCUUUCCAUUGAGUCACUGCCACAAAGGCGACCAACACACAUUAACGUCUCUGAAGGAAUGACUCCUUUCAGGGCAGUAGCAAAAAUACCCUCUUUAUCAUGUCAGUUUGGAAAAGAAAAUGAUAGGGAGGCAAAAUAAGCAUAACCAUAAGUAAAAUACCCAUCACAACCACUGCAAACUAAACCAGUGGCUCAAGGGAUUUCCACGAGACGACAGGCAGUGCUGGCCACAGAAGAAAUGCCAGUAGUGUAAGUAAUGCUUUGCUUUUUCUUAUACAGGUUAGUAGUAUUGUUCACACACAAGACGGGUUUAGCUUUGUAGCUGAACUAAUCGUAAAAGUUGACUCUCUUGCUAAACUUGGUCAGAUAAAGUGCCCACACUUAUAUUUCUAUUCUUACCAUUCAGGGCCAGGAAUGUCCCACAUAAAAGCCAGAUUACCUUCUUGCUUGCAUUGCAUUCCACUGGGAAAUACUUGAACUUAACUCAAGGCCAUAACCAGUCUGUGCUGUUACAGAGUUUCUGGGAUUGUUAUUUUUUUUUGUUGCUCAUUUUUUAUGUACUAACUGUAUUUGUACUAGAAAUUUUUUGAGUAUGAAGUCAAAUCUGUAAGUAUUUUUCAGUGUAAAUGUCACAUCUGGACUGUAGUUACAAUAUUAAACACUGGUCAAAAGAGAAAGAUACGUCAGUCCAACCCUUCAACUGGCUAUUCCACAUCCAUUACUAAUAAAACAGAA